AUGGUCCAAGACUGUUUUGAUCCUUAUGAAGGACCUGUCUGGGUAAACGAGGGUGGUGAUGAUGUUGUUGAUCUAAAUUUGGCCAAGGUGUAUAGAAAUAGAGAGAUGGGUUACUACAUCCAAUGUGGAUUUUCUGUUGUGGUUGACAAGGCUAGCAACUUCAGAUACACUAUUAGAUGCAGUGAUGACAAGUGUGAGUUGAGAUUACAUGCUAGUAAAUUGCUUGAUGGGAGCACAUGGGCCAUCAAAUCCAUUCAAAACCAAGAACAUACAUGUCUGGGACUUGAGACAAGGAAUCAUAUGGUCAGUUCAGCUUGGGCUUCAAGGGUCUUAAUGGAAGAUAUUAGAGCAAACAAUGACAUAUCUGUAAAGUCUAUGAAUAAACUUCUUUGGGACAGAUUUAGGGUAGAAAUGUCCAUUAGUACCCUAUACAGGAUGAGAACAAUGACAUUGCUUGUAAUACAUGGUGGACAUGAUGUUUCUUAUGGCCAUCUGCCUAAGUAUUAUGAAGUGGUGAAAAGCACAAGCCCAGGUUCAGCUGCAUUUUGUGCAUGGAAACCACCAAAUGAUCCUGAAAAGCCUCUGGGACACUAUGGUGGGGUGCUACUUUCUACUGUAGCUCUUGAUGGAAAUAAUGAGUUAUUUCCAUUUGCUUGGGCUAUUGUGUCUGUUGAAGACAAUGAGACAUGGAAGCUCUUCGUUUGGCAUCUAAAAAAUGUGCUACAAGACAGUGGGAGAGGAGAUGAAUGGUGUAUCAUUUCAGAUAGGCACAAGAUGACGUAUUUACAGUAUUUUUAUUUUGUUAAUUCCAUUGAAGCUGCAUUCUCUGCUUUAUGGCCUAAAGUGGGUAGAAGAUAUUGUUGCAAGCAUUUAGCUUCAAAUUGGCAGAAGGCCCAUCCAGGCCCUUUGAUGUUCAGCUUGUUUUGGAAGGCUUGUGGAGCCACUUCUGCCUUGACAUUUAAGAAAGCGAUGGAUCAAAUACAGAAGGUCAACCCUCAGGCUUUGGUUUGGUAA